CAUGCACCUCCCGCUCGGCGUGGUGUCCCAGCUCCUCGCGUCCGUCGCGGGAUGGCUUGGCCACUCCGGAUACGGUGACAAGCUCGUGUCGCCCUCGACAGUCAAAGAGAUCGAUGCGGUGCGACAGCGCUGGGGCAUCGCCGGUAUGGCCGUGGCGGUGGUCACAAGCCCGCGCUCGCGGCACGGCAAGGGCGUGCAGCUCCUCAACUUCGGCACAGCGACCAACGACGGCGCCCCAGUCACCUCCGACAGCCUCUUCUGCAUCGCAUCCAACUCGAAGCUGUUUGCAGCGCUGUCCGUGCUCAAAAUGAUCGACGAUGGCGUCACCCUCCCAAAUGGAGCGCCGCUCACCCUCCGCACAAAGGUCAAGGACGUGUUUCCGGAGUGGCGCCUGGUGGACUCAUACGCUGCGGACGCGGCUGACAUCGCCGACCUCAUGUGUACGCGACAUACCGUUCGAAGCUGACAUCAGCGAUGCGGUCCGGCUUACCUUCACACGACUUUUCGUACGACCACGUAACUGCCGCACAGACGGUGGCCAACCUCGCCCAUCUCCGCCCUUCCGCCGAGUUCCGCUCCAUCUUUCAGUAUCAAAACGGGCACUAUGUUGCGCUGUCGCACAUAGUGCCGACACUCACGGGCGUACCGUUCACCGAGUACGUCGCGGAGCACUUCUUCGCGCCAGUGGGCAUGAAUUCCACGACGUACAACCACACAGCGGCCGCGGAGAGCGGGCAUCGGACGGACGGCCACACACACACAGGCGUGAACAUGACCGAGUGUGUCGCGAAAUCCACCGCUGAAGGAUACAAGAAGCGAUCCAAGGCUUGCCACGGCAAAAUCGCGCCCUUCGGCUGGUUCACAGACACAGAUGGCACGGACCUGGCAGGGGCCGGCGGAGUCGUGAGCUCUGCCCGCGAUGUCGCGCGCUGGCUCGCCGAGCUGCUCGAUCCAACUGUGGUGCCUGCGCGCCUCAUCGGGGCCGCUGCCGAGCCCCGGAACGUGAUCGGCGGGAAGCCAAUGCCAGGCGCCGACGGCAUGCCGACGCUUUAUGGAGCGGGGCAGUUCAUCCAGCCGUACCGCGGCCACCGCGUCGUAAGCCACACGGGCGGCGUGCCCGGCCAGCUGACGCUGCUCGCGCGCCUGCCGGAGGCAGGCGUGGCCGUGGCUGUGCUGACGAACGACGCCGAUUUCGGGUACUACGCGUUCAACACAGUAUUCGCGGCGAUCGUAGACGGCCUGCUGGAUCUCGAGCCGCUGAACGUCGAGCAAGAGUGGUUCCGGCAGUACAUCUCGAAGGCGCCCGGACAGCCGAAGCGCGGCGCGGCGCCGGCGUACGGCUUCCACGCCGUACCGGGGCGAUACGAGGGCGCGGGGUAUGGCGCGUUCGACCUCGCCCCGCUUAACGCGAGCGACGCGGUGUAUGCGCGCUUCCCCGCUGAGCUCGCGCGCUUUGGCUUGGCCAGCCAGCACGUGUUCGUCGCGCCCUUCUCGCGCAUCUUCGCUACCCACAUCGUGUUCAGUCAUUGGGACGGGCCGCACUUCAACUGGACGAUCUUCAUUGCGCGGCAUCCCAAGCAAGGCUACGGGAAGGGCACGCGCGCGAGCGGACCUGCGAUCAUUACACCGCGCGGAAUCGGCAUGUUCGGCGGGUUUAGUGUGCCGGGCGCAGGCGCGCCGCCAAAGGAGAUUAGUGUGGAGGCGUCGGAGGCGGGGAGCGAGGUGUGGUUCGAGCAUAAAAGGAGGUCGUAGGCCGUGGGUGAGAGCUGUGAGUCCGGACGGUGGUGGAGAACUUCGAUUAGGACACUAUGCCAGAGAGGUGGAUGUUUGGG